AUGCCCAAGUCUCCUGUGAAUACUUUGUAUCUACUAGUCAUUAUGGACCAAGAUACUGUAGGGUUUCUCAUGAUAUUAGGUACCUAUGUGUGUGACGACCAAACUGAGUGUGGCCAGCAGGACCAGGGAGGUGAUAGUGCCCCUGUACUCGGCACUGGUGAGGCCGCACCUCGUGUACUGUUCAGUUUUGGGCCCCUCACUACCAGAAGGACACGGAUGCUGGAGCGUGUCCAGAGGAGGGCAACGAAGUUGGUGAAGGGUCUAGAGCACAUGUCUUAUGAGGAGCAGCUGAGGGAACUGGGGUUGUUUAGCCUGGAGAAGAGGAGGCUGAAGGGAGACCUUAUUGCUCUCUACAACUACCUGAAAGGAGGUUGUAGCGAGGUGGGGGUCGGCCUCUUCUCCCUAGAAAUGAGUGAUAGAACAAGAGGAAAUGGCCUCAAGCUGUGCAAGGGGAGGUUUAGAUUGGAUACUAGGAAAAAUUUCUUCACCAAAAGGGUUGUCAAGCAUUGGAACAGGCUGCCCAGGGAAGUGGUUGAGUCCCCAUCCCUGGGGAUAUUUAAAAGACGUGGAGCAGCAACAGUGGACUGCUCCAGAAGGGAUGGAAAGCCAGGAGCCAAGGGUGACAGGCAUGGCAGUGCCCUCAACAACAGGGACACAGAUCCACAGCACAUGAACAAGAAGAGCAGAGCAGGUCUGGUGCUGGUAACCAAGGUCAGCCAACAGCUAACAAUAGGUUGUCAGGCCAAUCAGUACCAGGUCCAAGAAUAUUAA